CAAGAAGUAAAGCCCAGUAUUAGAGCAAGAAAGAUUCAAGAAGAGAAAAUGAGAAAGCAAAUGCAGAAAGAGGAGUACUGGUGAAGAAGAGAAGAGGAAGAACACUGGAGAAUGGAAAUGAGACGUUACGAAGAGGACAUGUACUGGAGAAGAAUGGAGGAAGAACAGUAUCAUUGGGAUGAUCGCCACUGAAUGCCUGAUGGAGGCUAUCCUCAUGGUCCUCCGGGCCCACUAGGCCUUCUGGGAGUCCAACCAGGCAUGCCUCCUCAGCCACAGGGUCCUGCACCCUUACGUCGUCCUGACUCAUCUGAUGACCGUUACGUAAUGACAAAGCAUGCUACCAUUUAUCCAACUGAAAAGGAAUUACAGGCAGUUCAGAAAAUUGUUUCUAUCACUGAACGUGCUUUAAAACUUGUUUCAGACAGCUUAUCUGAACACGAGAAGAGCAAGAGCAAAGAGGGAGAUGAUAAGAAAGAGGGAGGUAAAGACAGAGCUUUAAAGGGAGUUUUGCGAGUGGGAGUAUUGGUGAAAGGAUUAUUUCUCCGAGGAGAUAGAAAUGUCAACCUUGUUUUGCUGUGCUCAGAGAAACCUUCAAAGACAUUAUUAAGCCGUACUGCAGAAAACCUACCCAAGCAGCUUGCUGUUAUAAGUCCUGAGAAGUAUGACAUAAAAUGUGCUGUUUCUGAAGCGGCAAUAAUUUUGAACUCAUGUGUGGAACCCAAAAUGCAAGUCACUAUCACCCUGACAUCUCCAAUUAUUCGAGAAGAGAACAUGAGGGAAGGAGAUGUAACCUCAGGUAUGGGGAAAGACCCACCGGACAUCUUGGACAGGCAAAAAUGCCUUGACGCUCUGGCUGCUCUAGGCCACGCUAAGUGGUUCCAGGCUAGAGCUAAUGGUCUACAGUCCUGUGUGAUUAUCACACGUAUUCUCCGGGACCUCUGUCAACGAGUUCCAACUUGGUCUGAUUUUCCAAGCUGGGCGAUGGAGUUACUAGUACAGAAAGCAAGCAGUAGUGCUUCUAGUCCUCAAAGCCCUGGAGAUGCUCUGAGAAGAGUGCAUUUUGAGUGCAUUUCUUCAGGGAUUAUUCUUAAAGGUAGUCCUGGACUUCUGGAUCCUUAUGAGAAGGAUCCCUUUGAUGCCUUGGCGACAAUGACUGACCAGCAGCGUGAAGACAUCACAUCCAGUGCACAGUUUGCAUUGAGACUCCUUGCAUUCCGCCAGAUACACAAAGUUCUAGGCAUGGAUCCACUACCACAGAUGAACCAGCAUUUUAACAUCCACAACAACAGAAAACGAAGAAGGGAUAGUGAUGGAGUUGAUGGAUUUGAAGCUGAGGGGAAAAAAGAAAAAAAGAUUAUGAUAACUUUUAAAAAGUUUCUGUAAAUCUACAGUGUUAAAAAACAACAGGUGCCCAUUCGUUGGCUGUUUUUCAUUCAUAAUGAUGUCUACUUUGAAAAAAUUAUCGAGAAUUUAAAGAAUUUCAUGGAAGAACCAAGUUUUUCUAUGAUACUAAAAUCUUAAUGUACAGUGUUAGGUAUUAUAUGAAUGGAAAGACACAC